AUGGCAUGUAGGGUUUGGCUACCCCCUAUGUACCCCUAAUUCCUGUUUAAAGUAUAAUCUUUUUUUGUACCUCUCUUUUGCUAGCAUCGCUCACAUCACUCCGAAACUAAUUUUUUUUUUUAGGAGUUAAAUAAAUUAGAUGGUCAUUGUGGAAGAGUCGUUUAGGUAUGCUUUUCUCCAGAUGGUAAGUCAUUAGCUUCUUGUAGUGAUGAUAAUUCGAUUAUAUUGUGGGAUGUUAGAACAGGAAAAGUAAAUUCUAGAAUCAAAGUAAAGUAAGAAGUAAAAUCAGUAUGCUUCUCACAUAAUACUAGUACAUUAGCUUUCAGCAGUGGAAAUUUUGUAUAUUUAUGGAACCUUAAAACAGGAAAAUAAAAAGCCAAAUUAGAUGGUCAUUCAAAUGCAGUUUAUUCAAUUUGUUACUCUCCUGAUGGCAUUACAUUAGCAUCUGGUAGUUGGGAUGAGUCUAUCCGUUUAUGGGGUGUUAAAACAGGAUAAUAAAAAGCCAAAUUAGAUGGUCAUUCAAGUGCUGUUUUUUCAAUUUGUUACUCUCCUGAUGGAAAUAAAUUAGUAUCUGGUAGUGCAUAUAACUCUACGUGUUUAUGGGACCAUUGUUUAAUCCAAAGAAAGUUGCUUUUUAGAAAACUUAAAUCAAAAGUGAAUUUGAAUAUUCAUUACAAAAUUACAAUUGUAAUAACUUUUUUGGAUAAUAAGUUGUUUUUGUUUCAAUUCUUGAUCUUCAAAUUCUAAGAUUGA